GGAAAUAUACUUGUCCUUGUAGAAAUGACUUAGGGACUUUUUUAUUAUUACAACUGCACCACUUCUACACUUGAGAGUGAUAAUUUGGAGAGGGUCAGGAUAAAUUAUUUAUGGGAUCACUUGGUAUUUCUAAUCGUCAUCUUAAAAGAAGAGGAUAAAAAAUUAAUUGUGAAGGCUUCAAGACUUGAGUUGUCGCAGCGCGCUUCUCUCACUGCGCGUACUCAAAAUUAUGGGAACUUUCUGGUGUGAACUCUACGUUGAAUAUGGAUGUUCAGGUUUAUCACUAAAACCUACCAACUCCACGGACAUGUGUAAGCUCUCUAGUGUCGGAGACAAAAGGUGCUCAUGGGAGUGGAGCACUGCUCUUUGCAAUCAUGAGCAUAGCGAAGCAAGGAGAAAGAUCACGACUUUUGCAGUAUGAAUAUUGGUCAUGGUUCUAUCCUUCCGCCGACGACCCACCCCACAUUGGACAGAAGUGGAGUUUGUGACUUUAUGGUGUUUCGAAUUCUACACGCUUUCCUCACUUUCUUCUGAGUAAGUGCAUGUAAAUAUGCAUCUAUUGAAGCUGAUCCUGACGCCACUGUGACACAGAGUUCCUACUCUAUGGGUUAAGGAUGAAAAGAAUUCAUUGAAGAAUAUUGAAGUUUUUUUUUUCCCCCAAAAGAAAGUAAUGGGGAUUCUGGGUUUUAUCCCUAAUGGCCAUAGGCACUGGCCAUCUGCAACAAUUCGGUUCCUGGUUUUCUUAACAUUCUUGCUACAUGAUAUUGGAGGAUCUUUAUCAGGUUCCAAUUAUUUGAUUGGUCUUGGAAGCUAUGACAUAACAGGGCCUGCUGCAGAUGUCAAUAUGAUGGGUUAUGCAAAUUCAGAGCAGACUGCUUCUGGAGUUCACUUCCGGUUGCGAGCUCGAUCAUUUAUUGUGGCAGAACCUCAAGGAAACCGCAUAGUAUUUGUAAAUCUUGAUGCUUGCAUGGCCUCCCAAAUUGUUUCAAUUAAAGUGCUUGAGAGACUUAAAGCAAGGUAUGGGGACCUUUAUACAGAGAAGAAUGUUGCCAUUAGUGGUAUCCACACUCAUGCUGGUCCUGGUGGCUAUCUCCAAUAUGUUGUAUAUAUUGUAACAUCUCUUGGAUUUGUACCCCAAUCAUUUGGUGUCAUUGUUGACGGCAUAGAGAAAAGCAUUGUACAAGCUCACGAGAGUCUUCAACCAGGGUCAAUUUUUGUAAACAAAGGUGAGCUUUUUGAUGCUGGGGUAAACCGUAGUCCUAGUGCUUAUCUCAAGAAUCCUGCAGAAGAGAGGGCUAAGUACAAGUAUGAUGUUGACAAAGAAAUGACCCUCUUAAAGUUUGUAGAUGAUGCAUGGGGCCCAGUGGGUAGCUUCAACUGGUUUGCUACUCAUGGAACUUCAAUGAGUCGUACAAACUCAUUAAUAAGUGGUGACAACAAAGGAGCUGCAGCACGAUUUAUGGAGGACUGGUUUAAACAGAAGGAUUUUAAGCAAGGUUUUGACGGUCUUCAUUUCAAUAAUUCUGAAACUGACAGAAUCCCUCGAAGAGUCUCAAUCAUAGUUCCAACCUUAGUUCCUAACCAUAAUGAAAACCGAAGUGAGUUGAUGAGACUUGCCAACAGUUUUCAGUUUUCUCAAGGACAACCUACAACAAGGUUUCUGAGUCUUGCAAGUCGGGUCAGGAAUGCUUUGAGCCAAGCUGACAGGCCUCAGUUUGUAUCUGCAUUCUGUCAAUCAAAUUGUGGUGAUGUAAGCCCAAAUGUUCUUGGUGCAUAUUGCAUAGACACUGGAUUGCGUUGUGAUUUCUCUCAGAGUACUUGCAAUGGUAAAAAUGAAUUAUGUUAUGGUCGGGGACCAGGUUACCCUGAUGAGUUUGAGAGUACUCGUAUAAUUGGAGAAAGGCAAUUCAAAAAAGCCGUGGAGCUUUUUGAUAAAGCAACCGAGCAACUAAAAGGGAAGGUUGAGUACCGGCAUUCAUAUCUAAAUUUUUCCAACCUUGAGGUCACACUUCCUAAAGCAGGUAGGGGUCAUGAGGUGGCAAAAACAUGCCCAGCUGCCUUGGGUUUUGCUUUUGCUGCAGGGACUACUGAUGGCCCUGGAGCGUUUGAUUUUAAGCAGGGAGAUAAUAAGGGGAAUGCCUUCUGGAGGUUGGUGAGGAACUUGAUAAAAAUGCCGAGUCAAGAACAGAUCAAAUGCCAGAAUCCGAAGCCUAUUCUGCUUGAUACUGGGGAGAUGAAGGCACCAUAUGAUUGGGCACCCUCAAUACUUCCAGUUCAAAUUUUGCGGAUAGGGCAGCUUGUGAUUCUGAGUGUGCCUGGAGAAUUUACAACUAUGGCCGGCAGGCGCCUUCGUGAUGCUGUCAAGACUGUGCUUACUUCUGGAGGUAGUGGAGAGUUUGACAACAAUGUCCAUAUAGUCAUUUCAGGGCUUACCAAUACAUAUUCACAGUAUGUGACCACCUUUGAGGAAUACCAAGAGCAAAGAUAUGAGGGAGCCUCUACACUGUAUGGUCCACACACACUUGAUGCCUACUGUCAAGAGUUCAAAAAAUUAGCUGCAGCUCUCAUCAGAGGCCAAACUGUUGAACCAGGCCCGCAGCCACCAAAUCUUCUUAACAAGCAAAUUAGCUUACUUCCACCAGUAGUCGUUGACAGUACCCCGCCCAGGGUGAAUUUUGGGGAUGUCAAGACCAAUGUCCCUCCAAAUUCCACCUUCAAAAAGGGUGGAAUAGUUACAGUCACCUUCUGGUCUGCUUGCCCAAGAAAUGACCUCAUGACGGAAGGCACAUUUGCAUUGGUUGAGAUCCUCCGGGGCCAAAAGACAUGGACCCCAGCUUAUGACGAUGAUGAUUUCUGCCUGCGGUUUAAGUGGUCAAGGGUUGCAACACUUAGCCCUCAGAGCCAUGCAACCAUAGAAUGGAGGAUUCCUGCAUCUGCAACUUCAGGUGUGUACCGGAUAAGCCAUUUUGGUGCUUCAAAAUCACUUCUUGGAUCAAUCCGCCAUUUCAAAGGUUCAUCUAAUGCUUUUGUAGUGGCAUAAGUAGGCAAUUUAUGAACCUUUUGCUAAUAAAGGAUGUUUCUGAAUCGAUUUUCAUAGAUAUUAGUAUUUCGUUCUGUUUUCUCUUCCAAUUGAUGAUCCAUCACGUAUGAGGAAAUACCAAGUAACAAAAAUAAAGAUUUGAGCGUGAUUGUCUAAAAGAAAGAACCUUUGUAAUUGCUUUAAUUCUUGUGGGAAAUUGCGUGUAAGAUUCUUGCAGGAGAAAUAAUAUUAGAUUUUGAUGUGGA